CAAUGCAUAAGCGGUGUUGGCUUUGCUAAUCAUUUGAGAGAAGAGAAAGAGAGAUGGCGUUGGACGAUGAGACGUUGCGUCUCCGAGAGCAGCUGUUUGCUGAGUGGAAUAAGGAUGAAAAGUCUAGAGAGUUGGGCAAGGUAGGGGAGCUCCUUAGCUUGCUCAAGCGAAAACUAAUCACUCUUACUUUCCUCCCCAACGUUGGAAGUCAACCUUCUGCCAAGGAGCUGGUUAUUGCUCGUGAUGUUCUGGAAGUUGGAGCUCAAUGGAGUAUCGAGAAAGGUGAUCUAGCCUCAUUUGAGCGCUAUCUGUCCCAGCUGAAAUGCUAUUACUUCAACUUCAAGUCGCAGCUUGAGGACUCGCCCUACAUGAACGAGCUACUGGGCCUGAAUCUGCUGUCGCUGCUCGUGCAGAGCAGACUUGCUGAGUUCCACACUGAAAUCGAGCUGCUGCCUCGUGAGCAGCUGAAUACGAGCAUGUACUUCAAGUAUCCCAUCCAGCUGGAGCAGAGCCUGAUGGAGGGGUGCUACAACAAGGUGUUCACACUGCGGGAGAUGAGCCCGGCACGCAGCUAUCUAUUCUUGCUCAAUAUCAUGACUGACACCGUCCGAGCGGAGAUUGCUUCAUGCAUUGAGAAGGCGUACCGCAGCAUCGACGUGGACGACGCAAUGUCAAUGCUGUCUUUCACGUCGGAGCCAGAUGCCCUCGAGUUUGCGCGCGGCCGAAGCUGGCAGUCGAACGAGUCCAAGCAGUUUGUCUUCUGCGAGCCGGAGCCCGAAGGUCGGUACGUGUCUUCCGACGGCCUCAUUGGCAACACGCUGACGUACGCCCGCGAACUAGAGCGCAUUGUAUGAUACUGUAAUAUUCCACUUCCAUACCGUCAUCCCUUCAUAUUACCAUAGCAUUAAUAGAAUAUUUUAAAAUGAUCACAAUCCUACUUGUAAUUCUUCUCAUAAUGAUCCCUGUACAGCACCAUGACGUGGCACCGACAUGCCUGUCUUCAUCCAUGACUUUCGCACACUAUGUUCUGAUUAUGUACUGAUUGCGUUUGUAAACAAAAAAUUUAUAAUCUUC